UUGAAUUAUUGAAUAUACUGUCCUAUUCCGAGGUACUAGGCGACUGGCGAGUGGAGACACCAACAGAACACCAAAGCAGAGAAGGGUCUCGAGGCUGUAAAUAGGGAGAGAGAGAGAGCGAUACAGGUAGAGAUAGAGAGAGAAUCAGAAGAAGAAGAAGAAGAAGAAAGAGAGAGAAGCAGCGAUGCACCUGAUGAAUGCGUUUGUGUUGAUUCGAAUGGCGAUGAGGAAUUUUGGGGCAGAAGAAUCGGGAGAAAUAGCAUUUGGAUCGUUGUGGUUCUUCAUAUACAUCGGAAUCUCCUGUUUUCUGGUCCUCUUCGCUGGAAUCAUGUCCGGCCUCACCUUGGGAUUGAUGUCCUUAGGCCUCGUCGAGCUUGAGAUUCUCCAGCGAAGCGGAACUUCCACCGAGAAAAAGCAAGCAGCUGCUAUCCUUCCAGUUGUUCAGAAGCAACACCAACUUCUCGUGACUUUGUUGUUAUGUAAUGCUUGUGCCAUGGAGGCCCUUCCUAUAUAUCUGGAUAAACUUUUCAAUCAGUUUGUCGCCAUUUUGCUCUCUGUAACUUUUGUUCUAGCUUUUGGAGAGGUUAUUCCACAAUCAAUAUGUACCCGAUAUGGACUUGCUGUUGGUGCAAAUUUUGUUUGGCUCGUGCGUAUAUUAAUGAUAAUCUGCUAUCCAAUUGCUUAUCCUAUUGGAAAGAUUCUUGACUGUGUACUGGGACACAAUGAAGCGCUAUUCCGACGGGCUCAGUUGAAAGCCCUAGUCAACAUCCACAGCCAAGAGGAAGGCAAGGGAGGUGAACUAACGCAUGAUGAAACUACUAUUAUUAGUGGUGCACUAGAUUUAACUGAAAAGACUGCUGAGGAGGCUAUGACACCCAUUGAAUCAACAUUUUCCUUAGAUGUGAAUUCAAAAUUGGACUGGGAGGCAAUGGGAAAAAUUCUUGCUCGAGGUCAUAGUAGAGUUCCUGUUUAUUCUGGGAACCCAAAAAAUAUUAUUGGACUUCUACUGGUUAAAAGUCUUCUUACAGUACGAGCGGAAACAGAGACCCCGGUUAGUGCUGUUUCCAUCAGGAGAAUUCCAAGGGUUCCUGCAGAUAUGCCUCUGUAUGACAUAUUGAAUGAGUUUCAAAAGGGUAGCAGUCAUAUGGCAGCUGUGGUGAAGGCUAAAGGGAAAAGCAAAAAUCCUCCAUCAAUUGUUGAGGGAAAACCUGAAGAGCACAAAUUUAGUGAUGCGAAUUCUCAAAUAACUACUCCUUUGCUAUACCAGCAGGGUGAGAAGCGAGAAAGCAUUGUUGUUGACAUAGAGAAGGCACCAAGGCCAACCAUUAUGAACGGGCAAACAGCAACCAAUGUAUUGCCUCAUUUGUCAGAGGAUAUUGAAGAUGGUGAAGUAAUUGGUAUCAUUACCUUGGAAGAUGUAUUUGAAGAACUUUUGCAAGAGGAGAUUGUAGAUGAGACAGAUGAAUUUGUUGAUGUACAUAAAAGGAUACGUGUGGCUGCAGCCGCAGCUGCUUCAUCAGUGGCACGUGCUCCAUCAAUCCGGAGGUUGACGGGCCAUAAAGGAGUGGGAGUCCAAAGCAAGCAAGGACCGACACCGAAGAGGGUUAUUGAGGACGAUUUGAACUCAACAAGGCAACAAGGAAAUCUUGGUGAGCCUCUUCUCGGGAACAAGAGAUGAAUAUGUGAUACAGUUUAAUUCAUGACAUGUUGAUCCCACUGAUCGUGAGAGAAAGGUAUUCUAUUUAUGUGGCAAAAGGAACUUUGCAGUGUAUUGUAAUUUUGAAACUUGAUGAGCAGUUAAUUAAUGCAUGUAAUUUCUUAAGUUACUUCGCCAUAUUGGUUUAUGUAAAUUUGGGGACCUCGUCUAAAAUGGUAUUUUGUAAUAGAAGCAUGGUUAUUCU